AAGACGACAUCGCCAUCUUUGUGUCACAUGUUCAUUUUCUCUCUCACAUGACCAUUUGUUUGGCCCCGUGAUCACUGCACACGUGAUAUGGACAUGCUAGAGUCAACUCUAGACGCUGGGUCACAGGAUAAAUCGAGUGAUUCGGGAGAGCAAGAUGAACAGAUUACCUUGCAUGCAGAAGGUAACGUCUAUUACGAUGGUGAGCAAACAGCCACCAUCAAUGCUGGAGGAAUAACAAUUGAUCCAUCUACUGUCCAGUACCAGUUACGACCGGAUGGAAGUGGAGCUCAGAUAACUUACCGGGUUGUACAGGUGUCAGCUGAUGGGACUGGAGAAGUUGUAUCAACUUUUCCAUCUGGUACACAAGGAUUGCAGGCUGUGAUACAGAGUCCGUUUAGCAAUGGAAGCUCGGAGGCUCAGGCAAUUGGUGACGGAGCAAAGCUCGCAUACUUCCCGACAUCUGGCGCUGGCGAUAGUCUGUCUGCACAGGAUCAAGCGCUUGCUACGGCUGGUAGCGGAGGCCAGUUUUACGUGAUGAUGUCACCGCAGGAUGUGCAGGGCGUGCAGAGGACGAUCGCUCCACGAACAACAUACGGCGUCGCUAAAACGGAGGGCUCGACGCGGCAGGGAGGCAGGGACGAACGCAGGCGACACACUCACAAUGAAGUCGAACGACGACGACGAGAUAAAAUCAACAACUGGGUCCUAGCGCUGUCCAAGAUUGUUCCUGACUGUGAGCAGGACCACAGUAAGCAGGGACAGGUAGGUAAUAGCAAAGGAGGCAUUCUUGCAAAGACGUUGAUUACAUCGAAAGAGUUAAGAGCCAACUAAUGCUGCGGAUGCGGAGAAGGACUGAAGGAAACAGAGCGCUUGCAGGUUGAUCUCGAGCUAAUGAGGACACAGUAUGAAGAGUUAAAGAAUGAGAAUGCAGUGUUGAGGGCCCAGCUGCAGCAACACUGCAUCCUUCCUGCAUCCGAUAUCACUGGUACUACAUGAGCUGGUGUGGGCUCAUGACUGUUGCAAUGUAAACUGGUCUGGGCCUUAGUUGCUACUAUGUAAGCUGGCUUGAGCCCAUAACAGUUACUGUGUAAACUGGUCUGGGCCCAUCACUGUUACUGCCUGUGGUAUUGUGGGAAAAGCUGGUCUAAGCCCAUCACUGAGACUAGUCUGGGACCAUCAGACACUGACCAAGUCGGUAGAAACAGGACAUUUUUAGAGGUUGCGUCUCCAAGCAGUUAAGUGAAAUGGAGAUGUUGAAUAAAGGCUCAACUUCUAGACAGCUUAUUGAUUUAGUCAGGUUUUAGUGUAUGUUGCUUUUGCAUAAAGGUUUUCGCAAUGACAAAUGUGCAUCGUACAUAGUGGAACCAAAAAAUGUUGAAAAUAUUCUUUAUAAAUCCUUUAUUGGAGCGUUCAACUGAGCAUCUGGUAUGAAUCUAAUGAUAGUUUUAUGAGCAUGAGCAGUUUUCACAAUUUUCUAUAAAGUGGCAGCACAUGACAACAGCAAACGUCAAACUCGGCUCCAAUAUACAUCAAUAGUAAGGAGUGGGAUUUGAACCCAAAAUAUGCUACUAUAAUAGUAUGUACAGUAUCGUCCUACAUAUGUAUAUUGAUGUGUAUAUAAUGAUGUCUUAUAAACUGUUCUGAAUAA